CCUCCCCUCCCGGCCAUUUCUUACUUAUGGUGAGGCGGGCGUACCGAUUUGUUCCCGAGCAUGUUUAGCUCGCGUGUAUUGGUUUGAUUCCUCGGCGUAUGUGUUGCUGCUGACUUGUUGGUCGUUGGGCUUUGACAAGUAUGGGCAUUCUGGCUGAAUUGAGCAGCUGAUGUGUUUUAUAUCUGUACUGAAUUUUGGCUGGGAUGUUUUGCUGCUCGAAUCGGACGCUGUCUAGAUCGGGAUGCAAAAGAAGGUCUGAAGCAUAAUUUGUGGGAACUUGGGUGGUUCUACUUAAGUGGACUGCCCUUUGCUUUGCUGCUGCGUAGUGCCAAUCUGAGCUGUGUUGCACGAGGUUUUUGUGUGCCGUUGCCCAGUUGUGCUAUGUAUCCACUGUUAUAUUCGCCAGCAUGCUUCCUCAAUUGCAGGUGAGCUGUUUAGGGUGUUGGGUGUACUUUGUUCAUUUGAACAAAAGAUAUGAUCACUUUAUUCAACCUUGGUUUGUAAUUGGAAAUAAUCUACUGAAAAUUGUACUGCCUCAGAAGGUGGAAAAUUGAAUCUGUACUGAAUUUUGGCUGGGAUGUUUUGCUGCUUGAAUCGGACGCUGUCUAGAUCGGGAUGCAAAAGAAGGUCUGAAGCAUAAUUUGUGGGAACUUGGGUGGUUCUACUUAAGUGGACUGCCCUUUGCUUUGCUGCUGCGUAGUGCCAAUCUGAGCUGUGUUGCACGAGGUUUUUGUGUGCCGUUGCCCAGGUGUGCUAUGUAUCCACUGUUAUAUUCGCCAGCAUGCUUCCUCAAUUGCAGGGCUUUCCUUAUAGCAUUUGUUACAAAGCUGGAUUCCAGAUUAAUAAUUACCGUAUGAGGACCUUGAAGGUUAAAGCAAAAACGGAAUCUGGUGAUGGCUACACACGGCUUGCUCCACUUCAAUUUGAAUCUCCAAGCGGUCAACUUCUAGUCCAAAUACUACAAUCACACCCUCACCUGCUUCCUGCAACAGUUGGUCAGCAACUUGAAAAUCUGCAAUCGGAGAAAGAUGAGCAAAACGAAGAAGCCUCAAAAGCUCCCCAGGACCUCCUCUACAAGAGAAUUGCAGAAGUCAAAGAGAAGGAAAGGCGAAAUGCCUUAGAAGAGAUCAUCUACUGUUUCAUUAUCUAUAAGUUCAUGGAGAAUGACAUGUCUAUGACACCUGCAUUAUCACCAGGGGGUGGCCCUAUACGCGACAUAUCCUCACUUCCUAACCAAGAGGACAAACUGCAAAGCAUACACUCCCCAGACGCUUUUGAGAUGAUACAAAAUCAUCUGAAUCUUAUCAUGGGAGAAAAGAUGUCAGCACCACUAGACACUGUUGUUGAAAUCAGCAACUUAAAUCUCGGAAAGCUGUAUGCAGCAUCCAUCAUGUAUGGUUACUUCCUUAAAAGGGUGGAUGAGCGAUUCCAACUCGAGAAAACUGUGAAGACUCUCCCCCCGAACCCCAAGCAGCAGAUAGUAUUUGAAAACCUGCAACCUAAUCCAUUCUGGGAUAUGGAGUCCUUGGUUCAGAUUUCACCUGAUGGGGAGGAGAUCAGUUUGGACGAUAAAGAAUCAAAUCCAAACAAGUUGAGGUCUUAUGUUUCGCAAUUGGAUGCUGAUACAUUGCAAAGAUAUGCUACUAUUAGAUCAAACGAAGCUGUGUCACUGAUCGAGAAGCAAACACAGGCUUUGUUUGGACGGCCAGACAUUAAGGUAUUGGACGAUGGUUCUGUUAAUGCAAAGGAUGGUAAAAUGAUAACAAUUACGUUUACAGAGUUCACUCAUCUUGUUUUGGAGGCAGCUGCUUUUGGAUCCUUUCUGUGGGUAGCUGAGAGUUAUGUAGAAUCGAAAUAUCAUUUUGUUAACAGUUGAUUGAGCAUUUUGUAAUUUUUGAAAUGUUUUGUGUACAUGUGAUAAGGUAGGAUCCACCUGUGUUAUGCUUUUCAGUGCA